CAACAAUUUCUGACUACUUGUGCGUGCUUAUGAUCUUAUUAUAAAAAAAUCAGAUGAGAUCCCCAGAAAAGUCAAAAACUCAACCAUCUGAAAAGACCCUCUCUGAUCAGAUCUGCCUGAUAGAACAAGCACAGCUUUUCCACUGCAGAUUAAUCCAACAUUUGACUUUGGAGUGAAUCAAUAAUAAUACUAGGUAGGAUCGAUGAAGAGAUCAUUACUGGGAGUUUGCUGUCUGUCGAUGGCUGUUCUUUUUGCUGUAUCAGCCUGUUUCCAAUUCAACGACCCAGAUUGGUACUUCUGGAUUCCUCUGUAUGUCACAGCUUCUGUUGUCAAUAUGGUCAACUGGGAAAACCCACCCGAUUCAAGAACCAGAAAGACGGGGAGAUUUGCUUUUUGGCUUGGAGUGCUGCUGUUGGUGAAGGUCUCAGUCCAAGGUUUUGUUCAUGGGAGAGAUGGGUUUUGGUCGUUGGACAUGAGGGACAGAGUUGUCCGGGAGAAAUUUGGAAGUGGGCUUGUGGUUAUCUCCAUGUUCCUCUACUUGGACACUUCCAACAACUCAACUCACCAUCCGACCCGACUCCGACUAGCAAAAUAUGGGAUGCCGAUCCUGGUGGGCGUUGCCUACGGACUCAGCUUCGUUUUCUUUGGAUUUCAACACAAAGAAAUGAGAUAUUGAUGCAGACAGAUGUAAUGGCCACGCAAAUUUCUCUUCCUUGUAAGAAUUUUAAUUUUUGGUCAGUAGAGUUGAAAUCAAGCUGAGAUGUUAAACCUAAGAAUGUGGAGUUGCACUAAGCUCUUUCAUGACUCUUUUGGACAA